CCUUUCAGUUUCCACCACAAAACCAUUUUUGAAUUUUUCCAUCUCUCUCUUUCCACAAUACUUUCUAGUUUCUACCUCGUGCGUCGCAAAAUCGGAAAACAUAAAACUAAAUUUUCUCGAAGAAUCAGUGUCGAAAUUACGGGAGGGGCCGCCACAGGAAGCCUGUGAUUUUCCUGAUUAGAUGGGUUCAUAGCCUUUAACCUUUUGAUGCUGGCUGAAAGCGUGGAUUUUCUGUAUCGGGUUCUUGGGUUGUGAAGUCCUCAAAGUCUAUCUGGAUUACAGAGCCUUGAUCAGUAUCAAUUUGAGGUCUAGAAGGCUAGCAGGAACGAAGUAGCUUAUGAUCUAGGCUACUAGCCCGUGCCUUGACCUAUAAUUUUCAAUCCGAUAAUGGCUCUUGCUGGUUCUUUGCACUUGUCCCAUGAAUGGGGACUCCGCAGGAACCGGGGGUGCAGUAAACAAUACAAGAGUGUGACCGGGAGAGGCAAGUUGCAUUUGUUGAGUGCUACUCUUUCAUCGCGUGCGUCGUUUCAGCAACAGCUAUGUUGGAGCUUUUGCCGUUUGAACAGUGCAUACAGGCCAAUACAUUCUUUACCUAAGAGAUGCAAGGCUUUUAAGUGCCAUUCUUUUCUAAAGCCAGGCCUACCAUCUCAGCUCCCUAAUAUUAAAGCAGCUGCCAUGGCAUUGACUAGGUCGUAUAAUUUUCUAGAAGGGAGUCCUCUUGUAAUUAAGUUGGUUCCAGCAGUUGGUAUUAUUAUUUUUGCUGUAUGGGGUAUUGGGCCACUUUUGUGUCAGAGCAGGAACAUUCUUCUUCAUAAAAAUGAUAGUAGUUGGAAAAAGAGUAGAACGUAUUAUAUCAUGACCUCAUAUCUUCAACCUUUGCUGCUAUGGACAGGAGCAACAUUAAUUUGCAGAGCAAUGGAUCCAGUUGUUCUACCGACUGAAGCUAGCCAGAUUGUUAAGCAACGCCUUUUGAAUUUUGUAAGAUCGUUGUCGACUGUGCUGGCCUUUGCCUUUUGUUUGUCAAGUGUGAUUCAACAAGCACAGAAAUUCUUAACUGAGACUAAUGACUCUAGUGACACAAGAAAUAUGGGAUUCCAAUUUGCAGGAAAAGCUGUAUACUCUGCAGUAUGGGUUGCAGCUGUUUCAUUGUUCAUGGAGUUGCUGGGUUUCUCUACCCAGAAAUGGUUGACUGCUGGAGGUCUCGGAACUGUCUUGUUGACUCUUGCUGGUCGUGAGAUAUUCACAAAUUUCCUUUCAAGUGCUAUGAUACAUGCAACUCGGCCUUUUGUUGUGAACGAAUGGAUUCAAACAAAGAUUGAAGGCUAUGAAGUUUCUGGUACUGUUGAGCACGUGGGUUGGUGGUCACCAACGAUUGUGAGAGGCGAAGAUCGUGAAGCAGUUCACAUUCCAAACCAUAAGUUCACAGUGAAUGUUGUGAGGAAUCUCAGUCAAAAAACUCAUUGGCGUAUCAAAACGCACCUAGCCAUUAGUCACUUAGACGUCAAUAAGAUCAACAAUAUUGUCGCCGACAUGCGCAAAGUAUUGGCCAAAAAUCCUCAAGUCGAGCAGCAGAGGUUGCACAGAAGAGUGUUUCUGGACAAUGUUAAUCAUGAAAACCAGGCUCUUUUGAUCUUGAUUUCCUGUUUUGUGAAGACUUCACAUUUUGAAGAAUAUCUAUGUGUUAAGGAAGCUAUACUAUUGGAUCUUCUUAGAGUCAUCAGCCAUCACAGGGCUCGCCUUGCCACACCAAUCCGUACGGUGCAGAAAUUAUAUAGUGAUACAGAUUUGGAAAAUAUACCAUUUGCAGAGACAAUAUACAGCCGUGAUGGGGUGGCACCCAACCGUCCAUUGCUAAUGAUUGAACCGCCUUAUAGAAUUAAUGGAGAAGAAAAGACAAGAAAUCAGAAUCGUUCAGCUCGUGCAUCUGGAGAACAAGACGGUAAGUCCAGUGGACGACCUGUACCUGAGAAGGGUGACGCUAAGGUUGGAGCAACAUCAGUUUCUGACUACAAGGCCAGAGAAACCCCACCUUCAAAUGCUAAGGCAGAUGCUAAGAUUGGAGAGACGCCAAACCCUGACAAAAAGAACGACCCCAAGGCUGCAGCAGCAUCUGUGACGGAUUCAAAAGGGGGUGAGCACACAAAAGUGAAGCCAACAUCAAAAUCCAUCUCCAAGAGAGAUUCUAAGGGGGCAGAUAUGCCCUUGUCCGACCCCAAAGGGGUAGCUUCAGUAGCUGAUAAUUCAACUCAAAAGGUAUCCGAUGGAAAACAACCUAAGAGUGACAGUUUUGGGAAUAUCACGCAGAAGUUCAACAAUCCAUCGGUUUCCUCACCAGAAAGCAGCGUUGAGAAAGCAGGCGGAUUUACAACAACUCAGUCUAGACAGGAAAGUGAAAGAAUUCAAACGAUGCCAAGGCCUAUAUUGGAAGAUAACAUAGUACUUGGUGUUGCUUUGGAGGGCUCAAAAAGAACCCUUCCUAUCGAUGAGGGAAUGGUUUCCCCUUCAAGUCAGGCAGAAGGAAAGGAAAUGGCUGCAAGCCGGAAUGGAAACGGGUCUCCUACUCCGGAGAAGGAUAAGAAAGAUGGUCAGGUUCCAACCACUCCUAGCUCAACAUCUGGCAAUCAGUGAUAUAGAUUAGGUUGAUUGAUGAAGAUGUCCAAGUUCCUUGCUCCAGCUCCUCCUAACUUUUCUCCAGUACAUCAAAGCUGUCUUUUUUCAAGCUGAUAUACGCCGUACAUUCCUUUUCCAACUUUCUUGACUAAUCUUUCCGUGAUCUAUUGUACCAUCCUUCCGUGAAAAUUUAACAAUACAUAAAACAAUAAUGUACCAUUCUGCCAGAUUUGAAUGGUGUUACAUCAAACACAAAUCCUGCGCUUGCUUUGCUCAUAGAAAUAUAGAGUUUAUAAUUGUUACA